CUUCGUUCAUCGGGAAUCGUGGAAGCUCAUCGUGGUGUAAUGGUGAUAUUCCGUGAUCUGAAAUUUGAGAGUGAAACGUGUGAUUAAAAAUUCUAAAUUCAGUAUUUUAGAUCUAAGAAAAAAGGACAAUCAAAAAGUGUUAUCAUCAACAUGGGCUUCCCGUUUCGCAAUAACAAUCAGCACUAAAAACUGAGGGAAAAGGGCUUUUCUAUUUCGGUGUUGUCGAGGUCCAAUGCCGGCACGAAAAGGGCUUCUAGCGCCUCAGAACACCUUCUUGGAUACCAUUGCUACACGCUUUGAUGGAACGCAUAGCAACUUCGUUUUGGGAAAUGCACAAGUUCCAUCUUUGUAUCCCAUUGUAUACUGCUCAGAUGGUUUCUGUGAACUCACAGGCUACGCUAGAGCUCAAAUCAUGCAAAAGGGAUGCGCUUGCAAAUUUUUGUACGGCCCGGAAACUAAGGAUGAACACAAAGCUCAAAUAGACAAGGCUCUUGAAUCGAAAGUCGAGCUUAAAUUAGAAGUUAUAUUUUACAAAAAGAAUGGCACACCAUUUUGGUGCUUAUUGGAUAUCGUACCUAUAAAAAAUGAAAAAAGGGAAGUGGUCCUAUUCCUCGCAUCACACAAAGACAUAACGAACACAAAAAUGGCCGAAAUGUCGGAAUCUGAAUUAUAUGAUAGUGCAGCCGUUCUUGGAGCUCGCUUCCGAAGUGCUGACCCUUGCCUCGUUCCAGACGCCAAUGGUAACCUCGAUCCCGAGGUUCCACCUACAAAUUAUAGACGAAGACGUUCAAGAGCCGUCUUAUAUCAGCUUUCAGGUCAUUACAAACCUGAGAAGGCAAAAAGUAAAUUAAAACUAAAUAAUAAUUUGUUGAGUUCCACCCCAGCACCUUUGCCCGAAUACAAAACUUCCGCAAUAAAAAAAAGUAGAUUUAUUAUAUCUCACUAUGGUAUGUUUAAAAACGGAUGGGACUGGCUUAUAUUGAUGGCUACGUUUUAUGUUGCUGUUGUCGUUCCUUACAACGCUAGUUUUCUGAAUUCUGAAAGGCCGUCGGUCAUUAUGGAUGUUAUUGUCGAAGCACUGUUUUUUAUAGAUAUAUUAUUAAAUUUUCGAACAACCUAUGUCAAUAGAAAAGGAGAAGUCGUAUCCAACUGGAAAGCAAUAUCUCUCAACUACUUGAGGACCUGGUUUAUCGUGGAUAUGCUUGCAGCACUGCCAUUCGAUUUACUGUAUGCACUUUACGGUGAAGAGAAAUCGAGCCCUUUUCGACCUCAUCUUAUCAAACUAACUCGACUUCUUCGCUUGGCCAGACUUCUUCAAAAAAUGGAUCGCUACUCGCAGUAUAGUGCAAUGAUUUUAACUUUACUUAUGCUUUCGUUUACUUUAGUGGCACAUUGGUUGGCUUGCAUUUGGUAUGUGAUUGCUGAAAAGGAGAUAGAGAGUGAAUUAGGUUGGAUUCACACAUUAGCAGAACGGUUAAAACUUCCCGAUGUAGCCAACGUCUCUAAAACAGAUGCAUACGUUACAGCUCUCUACUUUACUUGCACAAGUCUAACUAGCGUUGGUUUUGGUAAUGUAAGCGCCAACACCACAAGCGAAAAAAUUUUCAGCAUAUGUGUGAUGUUAAUUGGUGCUCUUAUGCAUGCUGUCGUUUUUGGGAAUGUUACGGCCAUUAUACAGAGGAUGUACUCUAGACGGUCUCUCUACCAAACCAAAUGGCGGGACCUGAAGGACUUCUUUACUUUGCAUCAAAUACCAAAGGAAUUGAAGCAACGGAUGCAAGAUUAUUUCCAGACCACAUGGUCCCUCAAUCAUGGUAUAGACAUUCACGAGACCUUAAAAGAAUUUCCUGAAGAAUUACGAGGCGAUGUCUCCCUGCACCUUCAUCGAGAAAUUUUGCAGUUGCCGAUAUUUGAAGAGGCUUCCCAAGGGUGCCUCAAACUUCUUUCUUUACACAUUAGAAACAAUUUCUGUGCUCCAGGCGAGUACUUAAUUCACAAAGGAGAUGCACUAAACUACAUUUAUUAUAUUUGCAACGGAUCUAUGGAAGUUGUUCAAGAUGAUAUGGUGGUUGCUAUUCUUGGCAAAGGUGAUCUUGUAGGAAGCGAUAUUAAUCUUCAUCUGCAGCAUCCCUCUAGUGGUCCUCCUCCAGACGUAUCUCGAAUAGGUACUUCAGCCGAUAUAAUCAUCAAAUCAAGUAGCGAUGUGCGUGCACUUACUUAUUGCGAUUUGAAAUGCAUUCAUAUGCAGGGAUUAGUAGACGUACUUAGGUUGUACCCAGAAUAUCAGAAGCAAUUUGCAAACGACAUUCAGCAUGAUUUAACUUUUAAUGUCAGAGAAGGAUAUGAAGCUGAGCAAGAAUCGGAUCCUAAUGGCUUUCCAUCCCUAACACUGCCUAGUAUAAGUGAAGAUGACGAAAUAUUGCACGAAGAAAGAGAAACGUCGUCUUUAUCUCUCAACAGAUCUCCUUUACAUGCCGUUAAAAAUAUUUCUCAACAAGCCAAACAUAACAUGACGUUGCCAGAGUUUCAUCGCCCCCGUUUAGGUGGAGUGGCAACUAAUCAUCUAGCCAUGUUAAGAGAACGUGUCGAACGACAAAGAAGUGUUGUAUUGCCCCAACAAAUAAAAAAGAAUUCUUUUGAAGAUGUCAAUUGUUUAUUGAAUAGUAGUGUUGAAAAUGCGAGAAACAGUGUUGAUAGUUUAGAUAACCAAAUUGCAACUCUUCACCAAAACGUAACAACUCUUAGUACGGAGGUGCGAAAUGCUAUUCAGACUCUUCAGGAAAUGACAAUAUCGUCUUUAUACAGUGGGUCAGUUAAUUAUUCCGCUCAUUCGAAUCCCAAUCUGCAUCAUAGUGGCUCUGGAAUAGGAAGUUUAGCUAGAAGCACUUCACAUCCACCAGAAAUAUUUUACUGGGAAGAGUCGUCAUCUCCACCUUUGACAUUUCGGUCUUUCUCAGUGUGUAUUGAUAAAGAAACACAAACUGACGAUGAACUUUUACAAAAAUUUGUGAAACAGAAUGAAUUAAAAUUUCUUAGAAUGUUAGGAUUAGAUUAUCAGGGAUUAGGGAAAUCCUUGAUCCGGAAAAGCUACAGUGUUCCGGACAAUAGAGGACAAAUGCAACUAAAUAUUCAGAAUAAUUCUUGUGUUAGUCCAUUGAGAGCAGUUGCAGUUACUGAAGAUAAUGAUGAAGAAAAAGAUGAAAGUUGUCCUUUUCUUUGGGAUCAAAAUCGAAAACAAUCGCGAAUAAAACCUUCUGAAAAUUCAUCGUUUCAACUUAAAAAAUCGAAUCAUACUAACAUAUAAAAGUAUAUUCGUUCAACUACAAACAGUGAUAAUAUCUGAAGUCCAUUUCAUAAAAGUUACUAGCCUAGUAACAGUAAUUUAAAAAUUGUAAUUUGUUAAUAGCUAGUCAUUUCUACGAAACGGGUUGUUGCUGUAAAUAUUUGCUUUUGAAAAUAAGUAUUGCUAAUAAAACUUUUUACUGUAGAAAUUAAAAAUAUAGUAAACUACCUAGAAUCUUGGAACUCGCUCCUUGUAUAU